AUGUCCACCAUACAACAACUCAAGAAUUUUAUCCGUCACGGGAAACAAGCGCGGAACCCAGAGGAGUCUUCGCGUAAGAGCAGCCCCCCUCAGCAGCCAAAGCCAGUUCCCGCCGAAAAAGCCAUGCCUCCCAGCGAGCCCAUCCUGGGCCACCCGGCAGGCCCGCCUAUUCAUCACGAAGCCUACUCGGAGGCGCCAGGAGAUGGACGGAACCGUGUGGCCCAGGCAGGUCACGCUGCUGCUCACCAGGCUGAGCCCGCCCAGGACGUGUCGCACAAGGCACAGGCCAAGAGCAAGCGUGUCGACGAGGCCAACCUAGCCAAGCUUGUUGCUGAGGAGAAUGCUAGCAAGAGCAAAUUUCCGCGAUACCCUGGGCUCGAGCGAUACGACUUGAUUGAGAAGAUGGGUGACGGCGCCUUCAGCAACGUCUACCGUGCCCGCGACCUGACUGGCGAGUACCAAGAAGUUGGCAUCAAGGUUGUCCGGAAGUACGAGAUGAACAAUAUGCAACGUUCAAACAUUCUGAAAGAAGUCCAGAUCAUGCGCCAACUGGACCACCCCAACAUUAUCAAACUUCUCGAAUUCUCCGAAUCCCGGCAGUACUACUACAUUGUACUGGAACUGGCCCCUGGCGGCGAGCUCUUCCACCAGAUCGUCCGCUUGACGUACUUUAGUGAGGAGCUAUCACGACAUGUGAUCGUUCAGGUGGCCAAGGCGCUUGAAUAUCUGCAUGAGGAGAAGGGUGUCGUUCACCGUGACAUCAAACCCGAAAACAUCUUGUUCAACCCGAUCCCAUUUGUUCCCUCCAAAGUUCCCAAGCCCAGGCAGCCCGGUGACGAGGACAAGGUCGACGAAGGCGAAUUUAUCCCUGGUCAGGGAGCUGGUGGUAUUGGCCAGAUCAAGAUCGCCGAUUUUGGUCUGUCAAAGAUUGUCUGGGACAACCAGACCAUGACGCCAUGUGGCACUGUUGGCUACACAGCCCCUGAGAUUGUCAAGGAUGAGCGUUACUCCAAGUCCGUCGACAUGUGGGCCCUGGGAUGUGUUCUGUACACGCUUCUCUGUGGUUUCCCGCCUUUCUACGACGAGAGCAUCGAGGUGUUGACGGAGAAGGUCGCCAAGGGCUCGUACACGUUCCUGUCACCAUGGUGGGAUGACAUCUCCAAGUCUGCAAAGGACUUGAUCACCCAUCUUUUGACCGUCGACCCUGAGAAGCGCUACACUAUCACGGAAUUCCUGGAUCAUCCGUGGAUCAAGGCCACCGCUGCUCCAGAGCCCAAGCCAGAGAAGCCACUGCGGGCGUUUGAUCCCACAAGGUUUGAAGAGCCUGGCAAGCGUGCCGACUUCCGAUCUCCCGGGGCUAUCAACCUUCGCGAGGUCUUUGACGUCGGUUACGCUGUCCACAGGCAAGAAGAGGAGGGUCGGCGGCAGCAGGCUGGCAAGGGUGGCGCUGGCCGUUAUCUCAAUGCACUCGAUGAAGAGGAGGAGAAUGGUGGCGAGAAGAUGCAGGUCGACGGCCAGGACCAAAAGACCCAAGGACUGGAACAGAGCAUGCGCAAAACCAACAUCCGCGACCAAGAGACGGGUCGUGGCCGUGAGCGUGAGCGUACCGCCAACGAGAAGGGGUACGGCCAGCACUCGGCAGCCGUCACUGCCGCCGCGAGACAGCAGGUCCGUGAUCGCAACCGCGGCAAGGGUCCGUUUGAGCUCAACUUGGACAAUGCCACACUUCUCGGUAAGCGUGGCAAGAAGAUCUCGGCUUAG